GUCACUUCAUCAGUCAUCACGGGAAAAUAAGGCCAAUAUCAUCAAUCGACUUGAAUUGAAUCGACUUCGUAAUUUAAUUUUCUCGCUACGAGUUGGCCGUGUUGUAUAAACAACAGUAAAUUGAUUAAAUGAUAAAAGGUCGCAACAAACAGGGCAUUAUUCAAGGCCGUAAGACUGUUUUCAUAGUUGAUAACAGUCAGUUUCACUUCUACCAGUUUAUCAUGUUAACGUCGUAAGCGAGCUGUUUUGAAGAAUUCAAAGGAAAAUGUCGCUGAAAAAUAUAUUGCUAAGAACAAUCCAUCAAAAGAACAAAUUCGUGAACGUAGCUGCCACUGCAGUAAAACUCACAAAUCAAGAACAACAUGAGUAUAAAGAACAAAGAAGAAAUGAUAGUAAUUACAGGAGAAUUGUUGGCUCAGCAUUAUUUAGCUCAGUGCUAGUUGGAACUGUAUUUGCAGAAAAAUCCCAUAAAAAGGGCAAUAAAAACAAGGAUGGAGACACCAAAGUUGAAGCCGGUGAGAGAAGGCCCGACUUGCCAACCUUCAGAGCUGAAGAAGUUAGCAAACAUGAUAAUGAGAAGAGUUUCUGGGUGACGUAUAAGAAUGGCGUGUACGACGUGACGUCAUUCCUCCCCUCCCACCCUGGAGGGGAGCAGAUCAUGAACGCGGCAGGGCUGAGCAUUGAACCCUUCUGGAAUGUGUACGGCAUGCAUAAGACGCAAGAGGUUUAUGCCUUGCUUGAGUCUUAUAGGAUAGGUAACCUACACGAAGACGACAUAGUAGACCACACAGACGAAGAGCUCUGGGUGAAGGAGCCGCACAGAGACAAGCGGCUCAUCGUGAAGACCAACAAGCCGUUCAACGCUGAGAUACCCGCCAAGCUGCAGAUUGCGCACUUUGAUACGCCCAAUGAAUUAUUUUACGUCCGUCAACACAUGCCUGUUCCAGACUUGGAUGCUGGCCAGCACAGCGUUCGCGUCAUCAUCAGAGAUGGCAGCACCAGGGUUAAAGAGUUCAGCCUCGACAAGCUGGAGAUGUUCCCUAAGGGGAGCGUGAGAGCUGCCCUCAUGUGUGCCGGGAAUAGACGGAGUGAGAUGAAUGAGCAGGUGAAGCCAGUGAAGGGCAUCAGCUGGCAGGGCGGCGCCAUCAGCAACGCGCUGUGGGAGGGGGUGUACCUACGGGACGUGCUGGUCUACUGCGGCGUCGAUGCCGCCAAUACUGUCGGCAAACAUGUUAUUUUCACAGGCUCAGACAUAGACGCGACAGGGGUGAACUUCUCGACUUCCAUCCCUUUGGACCAGGCACUGAACCCGAACGGGCGCAUAUUGCUGGCCACACACAUGAACGGCAACCCGCUGCCGCCCGACCACGGGUACCCGCUCAGGGUCAUAGUGCCCGGAGCACCUGCUGUCAGGAGUGUUAAGUGGCUGGAAUCAAUAACGAUAUCAUACGACGAGAGUCCGUCCCACUGGCACCAGAAGGACUACCGAUCCUUCAACGCGUCCAAGACGUGGGAGACAGCGGACUUCGCCACCGCGCCGCCGAUAUACAGCCUGCCCGUCACCUCCGCUAUAUGCGACCCGGCUGAUGGCGAUGCGGUGGUCGCUAAGGACGGGGUUGUGGAAGUUAGAGGCUACGCAUACUCCGGUGGUGGAGCAAAGAUCCUCCGUGUGGACAUAUCCCCCGACUGCGGCAAGACGUGGCUGCAGGCCGACGAGCUGCAGUGUGACGACGCUCCGCCUCAGCAGCACUACGCCUGGACGCUCUGGACUGCCAGGGUACCCGUCGCCAAGGGACAGAAGGAGCUCGAAUUAUGGGCGAAAGCAACAGACAGUAACUUCAACACUCAACCAGAGAAGUUUGACGACAUCUGGAACAUUCGAGGGGUUCUCAGCAACGCUUACCAUAAAAUCAAAGUACAGAUCAAACAUUAGUAUUUAAUUAUUUUACCGAUUGAAGGAAAAUAGACUGUUGUAAUGUAUAAUGCACUUAUUCAAUGGUGGAUAGCAUUUGGGAUUCAAAAACAAAAUGCUUAAAUUAUAUUGAUAAGAAUUGCUUUAGUAUCGAUAUUCAUAUGUUAUGUAUUCACAUCACUUCAGAUAAUAAUCCCAGUUCCUUGUGGUGCCUUUAUAUUUGGCUUUGUUUUGAUUGAUAAAAUCAAAUAUAUUAUUCGCCGCGAAAAUAUUAACAGCUUUUUAUAGAUGCGUGCUUUUUUCAAAAUCGAAGUUCUAAAGAUUCCACCAGUAAGACUGGAAUUUGCUAUAUUGUUAGUUAUUUUGUAGGCAUAAAAUGUCUUGUUUUUCUUAAUAAUUGUGUAGAUGAAUUUUAAUAAUGUUAAAUAUUGUCAAUAAAUCACAUAGUCAAUGCAUAUUGAUCAGCAAUAUAGGAUAAUAUAGGAUACCUACUCACUUAUAAACUGCUUAUUGUUUUAAGUACUGCAGAUUCUGUGUUCGAAAGUUACAUUUGUGGUCAAAUAGCUUUAACGCCCCGUUUCAUGCCAGCCAAAAUGUAUGAUCAAAACAGUAUUGCGCAUGCAAAAGUCGUUAAAUAGCUAUCUUUAUACGAGCAAAGUUAUUUGACGAGAAUUAAAAAAUCUGCAACAACCCUAGUAACUCUUACCAGAUCUUAUAUCAUUGUUUUAUACAUUUUCAGCUUAUGAAAUGGUUGUUUGAAUCUAGCCUUAGCCUUAUCAAAUAAAUACAUAUAU